UGUUUACUGCAGUCUGAGGUGAACUCAAGCAGCACGCAUCCUCCCGGUAAUAACAAGACAGUCCCAAUGUAUUUCAUUUGGGCUCCAGCCUGUUUCGAUCUGAUCAAAUCAAAUCGAACCAUUGUGAUCAUUUCUGGAGUGGCUGUUUCUGCUGCUCUCUACUGGACAUACAGACGUGAGAAUGUUGAGCUGCAGAGAUCAAUAAAACAACUACAACAUGACAAGAAGCAGUUAAAUACAGAAAAUAAUGAGCUGAAGGGGAAACUGGAGAAAAUACAAGGUGAGAAUUCUGAUCUAAAGAAGAAAAAUGAUAAACUACAAACCACAAUGAAAAACGUGAAAGGAGAACUGGAGAACCAGAAACAUCAACUUGAGGAAAAACGUAGAGAAGUUGAGAAUGAAAGCGAGAAAAAUAAAAAAGAGCUUCAGUCAGAGGAAACUAAAAUAACAGAGGGAGAAAAUACUGAGGACAAAGAGUCGUUAUUAAGAAGAAAGGAGGAUCUCCUGAAGUCUCAGUGGAAACUGGAUGAGAACAAGAAACAUUGUGAAAGGCAGAUAUUAAACACAGAGAAACUGCUGGAACCGAUAGAGAUGCUGAUAGAGACACAAACAGAUAAAGAGGAGGAUGUUUAAAACAGCAUCUAGAGAAGAUCAUGCUAUAACUAACAACAACUACAGAAAAACUAUUAUAUUAACAAUAAUUGUUAUUUUACUUUCUGAGUCUUCCUGGAAUUAAAAUUGUUUUUAGAAAAAAAUAUUAAAUCCAAUUCAGACAAGGUAAACAGCAAAAACCACCUUUGUUUUCUGAAUGGAACCGACAUCCAUCCAUCCAUCCAUCCAUCCAUCCAUCCAUCCAUCCAUCCAUCCAUCCAUCCAUCCAUCCCUCCCUAGUUUUGAUCAAUUGGAUUUUAUUAUUAUCAUUUAGGUCUGUCAGUAUUAGUUGAUUUAAUUGGUUUAAGUUUCAGAUCUAUUUCUUGAAAUUAACUAUUGUGAUUUUUAAUGUUCUUUGUAAUAAAAACAUAAAUAAACAAAGAAACUCCACACUAGGAAUUGUGUACUUUUCAAUGUGCAAAUGUCUGUAUUGAAUAAAAAUAAUAA